GCCGUAGGGUUUGCGGCCGUGAUUUUCUAAAUAAAUAAACAAAUACAUUUGCGUUAAAAUAUCGAGUACCUUGUAAAGUAAACUUAUAACGGUAUUUAUUUUGUUCGCAGUAUGUUUUCCACGGUGGUGUUAUGUAUAAUACUACUCUUACUGCUACUAUAUCUAGGAUCGCGGAAACCGAAAGGAUACCCUCCAGGUCCAAAAUGGUGGCCAAUUUUGGGUUGCGCCAUCGAACUGAUUCGUCUUCGCAAGAAAACUGGUUACAUGUUCAAGACCUGUUUCACUUUAUGUAAGAAAUAUGGACCAGUAGUCGGUCUGAAAAUCGGCGUGAACCGUAUCGUGAUACUAAAUGAUUAUGAGAGCAUUCGAACGAUGUUCGCUAAUGAAGAUUGCGAUGGAAGACCGCUUGGUGUACUUUACGAUGUGCGAACUUCCGGUUGUAGGAGAGGAUUAAUUCUCGUGGAUGGAAAUUUGUGGAUCGAGCAAAGAAGAUUCGUGUUGAAACAUCUCCGUGACCUCGGCUUCGGUCGGCAAGACAUGGCUGUGAUAAUACAAGAAGAGUGCCGAUCGCUCGUUGAACACAUCAAAAAGUUAAUUAACGACGAACGUAAUAAUCGAAUAAACGAAUCUAAAAUGUAUUGCAAUAAUAACGAGUAUGACAAUGGACAGAUAUAUCGAUUAAUUGAAAAAGAUAAGGCGAACGAGUCAGAAUUAAUGGAGAAGCGUACAACGAGCGAAAAGCAACUAAAAGCCUCGGAUUUAUACGUAGAUGCUUACGAAUACGUGGAAAUCAAGAUGGCUCGAUCCCAUCGUGCAACGAUAAUUCCAAUGAACGACGUGUUUGGAAUUACAGUACUCAAUACUUUGUGGAGAAUGAUAGCUGGUAAAAGGUUUAAUAUCGAUGACGAGGAGCUAACUUAUUUCCAACGGAUUAUGACACAGGCUUUAACGAAAAUCGAUAUGUUAGGAGCACCGUUUAGUCAUUUUCCGCUAUUGAGAUUUAUCGCGCCAGAAAUGUCCGGUUACAAAUCGUUCGUGGAGGUUCAUCAACAACUGUGGGAGUACUUGAAGGAUGAACUGGAUAAUCAUAAGAACGGCUUUGUACCAGACUCGCCGCGAGAUUUAAUGGACGUAUAUCUAACUGUUUUGAACUCAAAAAAUUAUAACAACACGUUUUCAGAAUCUCAAUUGCUUGCCAUUUGUAUGGACUUAUUUACAGCAGGCUCAGAAACUACGUCCAAAGGUCUUUGCUUUUGUUUUUUAUAUUUAGUGCUAUUCCCGAAAAUACAGAAAAAGGCACACGAAGAAAUAGAUAGAGUAAUUGGACGUAACAGACUUCCGACUCUAGAAGAUCGAACGAGAAUGACAUAUAUGAACGCUAUCGUCUUGGAAUCAUUGAGAUUCUUCGCAGGAAAAACGUUAAACGUCCCACAUAGAGCGCUAAGAGAUACUACGAUAUCGGGUCAUACGAUACCAAAAAAUACGAUGCUUUUGGUAAAUUUCAAUAGAGUAUUAAUGGAUGAAUCAUGGGGUGAUCCCGAAAACUUCCGACCAGAAAGAUUUAUAGACGAAAGUGGUAAUAUUAUUACGCCGCCCACGUACUUGCCAUUCGGCCUCGGCAGACGUCGUUGUAUGGGGGAAAAUUUAGCUAGAAGCAAUACAUUUAUUAUAGCUACUACUCUGUUACAAGCAUUCACAUUUUCCACAGUACCUGGAGAAGAACCAUCGACGGAAGAUCUAGUCGAUGGAGUCACCAUCAGUCCUAAACCAUUCAGGGUAAUGGUUUCUUUAAGGACGUAAUUAAAUACGAAAGCGUUUAAAAUAAUUUUACUCAAAAGUAAUGGCAAUUUUUAAUCGACUCGAUCCUUAUACGGUUUAAUCGAUAUCAAUAAAUUAUUAUGAAAAUAAUAUCUCCGUUAAUGUAAACUUAUAAUGCAGUAUAUGUAGCAAAUAGCGUACAGUAAUUACAAUAGUCCUAAGUAAGCGUAUAUUUUAAUGUUCAAAAAAAUAUAU